AUGCCAGGAGAAUCACCAAACACCGCAAAUGACAGACAAUGGACUUCUCAUUUAAUCUUCACCACAGUGGUUGCUUGUUCAGCUUCAUUACAAUAUGGUUAUCACAUUUCUGAAUUAAAUGGACCAAGUGCUGUACUUUCAUGUCAAUCCAACUUGGAAGUUCCAAAUUUCCCCUAUGAAGAAUCAUGGUUAUCAAUCCAUGGAUUAUCAAAAUGUAUUGAAAUGAAUGAUCAAGGUUUAGGGUUUGUAACUUCAAUUUUUUCAAUUGGUGGAUUAGUUGGUUCAUUAUAUGCAGGUUCAUUAAGUGAUUCAAUUGGUCGUAAAAAAUCAAGUGCUUUCAAUGCAAUUGUAUUCAUUAUAGGUUCAUUGAUUGAAUUCUAUGCAAAUAGUGUUAAUUCAUUAGCUUUUGGUAGAUUUGUUUCAGGUCUUGGUGCUGGUUGUUCUAUUGUUGUUACUCCUUUACUUAUUAAUGAAAUUAGUCCAAAUGGGUUGAAGGGGUUUUUAGGUAGUAUGAAUCAAGUUUCAAUAAAUUUAGGGAUUUUGUUAACUCAAGUCCUGGCGAUUAGUUGGGCAAAUAGUUUUCAAUGGAGAUAUUUAUUAUUAACUGGUGCUGGAUUAGGAGUUUUAAAUUUAUUAUUAGUUUGGUUUGUUGAUGAAAGUCCAAAAUGGUUACAUAGAAAAGGUGAUAACGUCCAAGCAAGAUUAAUCACAAGUAAAUUAAGAGGUGGUGAUACUGUAUUGGCUGAAGAAGAAGUUAGAGGCUGGUCCUCAUAUCCUGGUGGUAAUGGAGGUGAUGAUGAUAAUGAUGAUGAAAAUUCUCCAUUAUCAAGAAACAAUCAAGAUAAUCAAUUAACUAAAUCAAUUACAUUAUUGAAUUAUGUUAAAGAUCCAAUUUAUUUGAAUUCAUUAAUUUCAGUUACUGCAAUAAUGGCUGGACAACAAUUUUGUGGUAUAAAUUCAAUUUUUUUCUAUGGUGUUAAAACAAUUAGAGAAAUUUUACCAAAAUAUGCCGUUACUAUAAAUUGUUUGAUUUCAUUAGGUAAUGCUGUUAUUACAUUCUUAGCAGCUCCAUUAACAGAUAGAUUAGGACGAGUUCCAUGUUUAUUAUUAUCAGUUUCAAUAAUGGGGGUUGCAUCAAUUUUAAAUAGUAUUGGUAUAUUACAAUCAUUACCUUUAAUUACAAUAAUUUCAACAUUUAUUUAUGUUGGAUUUUUCGCAAUUGGAUUAGGUCCAAUUCCAUUUUUAAUUGUUCCAGAAGUUACACAAGUUGAAGCAAGAGGUGCAGCACAAAGUUAUGGUACUACAAUUAAUUGGAUUGCAACUUUUUUAGUUGGUUAUUUAUUCCCAAUUUUACAAUCUUAUUUAGGUGGUUAUGUUUAUUUAAUAUUUGCUAGUGUAUGUGCAUUAUUUGGAUCAUUUGUUUAUUUCAAAGUUCCAGAGACUAAAGGUAAAACAUAUGAACAAGUUUGGGGACUUCGUGUUGAUUAG